CGUCGCCCGUGGUGGUGACGUCACGGCGCGUCCGACAUCUUCUCAGCGACGGCUCCUGUGACGGGCGAGUUGGGAUCCGUUCCGUCGCUUUGGCCUCUUCCUUCCCCCUCGGCGGCGCGCGAGGACACACGACGACCAUGUCGGACUUCGACAGUAACCCCUUCGCCGACCCAGAGGUCAACAGUCCUUUUCGGGACCCCGCCGUGACACAGGUGACGAGGCAGACCCAGCCCGCCCUCAACGACUACAACCCGUUUGGCGAUGGCUCGAAGCCGGGCGCCUUGGUUGGAGCCACGCCUGCGGUGCUGCCCACCUCCCAACCGGCCGUCAUGCAGCCCACGGAGGAGCCGCCCCCCUACACAGCCCAGGGCUCUGGAGGUUAUGGCACACAGGGACCUUCGGCAUCGGCGGCGGCGGCACAGGCGGAUCUGCUGCGGAGGCAGGAGGAGCUGGAGAAGAAGGCGGCGGAAUUGGAUCGACGCGAGCGUGAGAUGCAGACACAGCCAGGAGCCGUGAAGAAGAACAACUGGCCCCCGCUGCCCACGCAGUGUCCUGUGGGGCCGUGCUUCUACCAGGACAUUCCCGUCGAGAUCCCGGUGGAGUUCCAGAAGACCGUGCGGAUGCUCUACUACAUGUGGAUGUUCCAUGCAGUCACGCUGUUCCUGAACCUGCUGGGCUGCUUGGCGUGGUUCUGCGUGAACACGGCGCGUGGCAUCGACUUUGGCAUGGCCAUCCUCUGGUUCCUGCUCUUCACGCCGUGCUCCUUUGUGUGCUGGUUCCGGCCGGUCUACAAGGCAUUCAGGAGUGACAGCUCCUUCAACUUCUUCCUCUUCUUCUUCAUCUUCUUCUGCCAGUUUGUGGUGCACGUGAUGCAGUCCAUCGGCAUCCCGGGCUGGGGAAACUGCGGUUGGAUCGCGUCUCUGGAGGCGCUGAACCACAGCAUCGGUGUCGGCAUCAUCCUCAUGUUGCUGGCCGCCUUCUUCACCGGGUCGGCUGUGCUCUCCGUGGUCAUGCUCAAGAAGGUGCACUCGCUGUACCGACAGACGGGCGCCAGCUUCGAGAAGGCGCAGCAGGAAUUCGCCACGGGCGUCAUGUCCAACCGAACGGUGCAGAACGCGGCCGCGACGGCGGCUACCAGCGCUGCAAGGAACACGUUCACCCCUAACUGAACGGGCACCUUGCAGGCGCCUCUCAAUGCCUGUCCAUCUAUCUGUCAGUUCGUCUGUCCACCCAUCACACAGCCAUGCAGCCCAUGCCCCCCGCCUGCCUGCCCUGCGCUGUACUCCUUUACAACUACACACCCCCCCCCUCUCUUCCGACGCUUCGCAGUGGACAAGUUUUGCACCGGUUUAUAAUGCUGCGUCGUGCGGUUUUAGAGCGCGGGUGUAAAUACCACCCAGUUAUUUCCGAACGUGGUCAUGCAGGGGAUUGUGGGAGGAUACCGGUGAUGCAAGGAGCGUAUUUAGCACGCUCGCAGAUGCCACGUAUUUUCCGAUACUUGGUGCACGAUUCCCUGCACAUUCUUUGCCGAUGCCCCCUGUAUAGCGUCUUUCUUUGGCAUAAUGACUUGGUUUGAAUGCCUUUAUUGCCUCUUGGUAACAACCUGCAGCCACAUUGAAGCCCUUUAAAAUUCACUUAAAUUCGAUGCAGAGGUGGCAUGGCACUUGCUGCGUCUUUUUAUCCCAGGAAUCCCAACUUGAAUCCUAUCCCACAUUGAUAGGACUUGAAAUGAUCAGUUUUGGACCCCUCCAAUGUCUGUUCAGCCUCAAAUAAGUACACAAUGUUGAAAGCACUUCUGGGAAAUGAAUACACUUUUGAGUGUUACCAGACCACAGAGCAAAUGCUAUUGAGCAGCAUUUGUAAGCAUGGACGGGCUAAGGUACGAUGAAUAUUGGUGUAAAUUUACAUUUACGGUGGUCACUCACAAUUCUUGUUUUUGUCAUUGUCUCUUAACCCUUUCCCAUUUCGAUGACGUACAUGUACUGAUGACGUACAUGUACUGAUGAACUACAUGUACUGAUGACGUACAUCUACGACAUGAGUUUUUUUUUGCGAUUCCGUUCCGAUGACGUUCGUGACGAGCACGUCAUCGGAGCGGAAUCGGAAGUAGAAGGCCAAUGCGGGAGGGCUUGUGGCACAGUUUGGUGCCAGCUGUCAGUGCGGUUAUGCCGCUACAGUUCUCUGCGGUGAGCGUGUUGUCUUUGAAAACAGCGGCGCUAUGCCUUUCUAAUUAAAAUUAACGCUGACCGCUUGCACGUUCCGAGAUUCAGCGGUGCGGACGUCUCGGGAUGGGAAAGAGUUAAUCCUGAGCAAGGUUGGACCGUCAGGUCACCCACAUUCCAAAAAUUGUCAGCUUUUAGUGACUUGCAUCGCUCAGCUGUGCAUCACUUAACAGCUCAAGAAAGCAGUGUGGGUGGCCCGUCAGCAGGUGGCAGCCAGGUCUUCUGAAGUCUGCUAAGGUAAAAUGUUCCCUUUGUUUUUCAACAAAGGGAACAUAAGGGCAAGCGUGUACGGUUGUUGUGCAAACUGCGUCCAGACUUGGGGUUGAGUUUAACAAGACGUGGCAAUGCGAUUUUUGUUUUCUGCAUGUUGUGUUGGUUUUUUCUUCUUCUUGUCUUCGUCGUCUUCCUAUUACGCCACCCAUUCCCCCCCCACCCGUGAAGUUGGCCGCAGUAGCAGCCGAUUCUGCGUUUUAAUGUUUUGUGUCGAUCUGUAAACACGUGCAAUGGAGUGCGAGUGCCUGCGUCCUUGCGCGCGUAGCGUGAUCCAUACACAGCGCACGCGCGCUGCAUUGGCGGAGUCACGUCGCAUGGAGGCCGGCAACCUCAAGCCCUCUCGGUUUCUCCGUAAAACUUCCCGAGUCACAGCCCCGGCCUUCUGAUUAGAAGCUGCUUACGUAUUUUAGGGAAUUAUUCUGCGAUUGCUUUCUCACUAUUCGAAGUGCUUUUGUUUGUUUGUCGUUUCCUUCCCCUGUUUUGAUUACAUAAAUAUGUACGCGUAUUUUAGAGGUUUUUAACAUUCUCUUGUGUACGGGGACGCGUGUGUCCCAAAGAGUUUGUUUCGCGUGGUCACCCCGGCCAGAGCGGCGGUGCGAGUGAUCAGCAAGGGGGGGUUGGGGUGGGGGGGGGAGAGGAAACGAUGACGUUCGCGACGUCAUAGAAUGUAAUCCGGAAUGUAAUUUGUGUACUGCAAUUCACUACCUUGCUUAUCUGCAGUAGAGUUAAUUGAUUGCGUAACAGAUUACGAUUAAUGAUUGGUGAUGGACGCCCUAGUCUCCAGUGUAUUUGGUCAUCGUUUACUGGUUUCGGUGUCAUUAGCAUUCUGUAAGUGAGUUACAAUUUAAAAUAGACUCUCUUGACCUCUGUCUACCUGUACCCAUCUCGCAGUGCACUGUCCACACUUGUUGGUAUGAUUACAGCGGUAGUUUGUUCCUUAUUGCAAUUAUUUAUACUGUUUUGAAGCUACUAAAAACUGUAAACACACUAAGGUUGAUGUGGCUGUAGGAAUUCAUGGCGUCCCAAACUCGGAGCCAUUCGUGAUGAAGGCACGGAGACGAGAAAAGAAGCAAGACCUCGAUGUCAUUCCUCCUGCCUUGUUUCAGAAAAACCGUAGCGGUAUUAAUGAGUCUCGUGCAAAAACGAAACAAGGGAAGCCCCUUUUUUCUUUCAAAGGUCAGGACCCAAUACAACGAAUUAAAAUGUAGAGCUGCUCACUCAUAUCUGAACCACAACCAAUCCAUGAAAGUAAAUAGUGUUAAAGUCAAGUAAUUGAUUUUAUGUAUGUAUAGGCACACACACACACACACAUAUACGUGUUUAAGGUUAUUAAAUAUGUCGGUGAGAGAGUAAAAAUUACUAUUGUACUUUAGUGACUUUAUAUUUCACCCAGCCCGUGGCUACGAAAGUCCCCCAUUCCAUUGAGCCCAGGGUGGUGGGUGCUCACUCGUGUUGGUGCAGUGGUGGUGGGGGGGGAGGGUGCGGUGCGGUGCGCUGCCGGGUCUCUGGACACGACACCGCUGCCUCCUGUGCGCUUUAAACAUCGCGGUAGCAUGAAGCCACCCUGCAGGGCACGGUUCGCGUCGAAACAUGUCAUCGCGUCGCCAAGCCGCGUCCCCGACAGCCGCGUCGUGACCGGCGGACCGAUUGCCCUGCAUGCAAGAAUAAAAUGUCGUGUUGCCCGUUUGUCAAAUGACCUCAUUGCCGUCGGUGUAAUAUUUUGGCACCCCUCCUUGACUUCGUGGUUUUUCCAGUGAGUAGAGUGGGAGUGUGGGGGGGGGGGCGGCCCCGGAUGAUGUCACUUCCUCCUCUGUUCACAAGUGAAUCCUGCACAUGGGAAGCCAUUCCAGAGAAGGUGGUCGUGUGGAAACGAGGUCUUAUGGCGUGCGUACGUCUUUGGACAGCAUGCUCCGUGUUUCAUCUGACGUUGCUGUUCAUGCUGCCGGUCCAGGGUGCUCUUGGUUUCUGCUCGAGAGUUUUUGCCCGAUGCGUUUCCGUCGGACCCGUUGCCGGUGGGGGAAAGCAAUUUUAGAAUACCUAAGUUAUUUUCCAAAUUGUCGAGUGGGAUGUAAAUGGGUUGCAACUCUAUCAUUAGGUGUGUUUUUCUUUUUUGUUUUGUCUUUUUUUUCCCCAUUAGGUCCAUGGUCGUUUACAUUGAGUGAGGCACUAGAUAGAGUUACACGGUGGACCGUUAUAAUGCAUGGGCGACUUGUAGCCAUGAAUGUCGCAACUUUGCAAAAAUCUCGGCAGCGAUCGAAGUGAGUGCAAAUCUUAAAUUUCAACAAAACGCGCGCCCAACCGUUUGGCGGGACAAGCCGUGCACGUUCCGACACUCGGCUGGGAUACGGCGUCCACUGCACACGCCUUGUGGCCCAGAACCAACUGGUUUUUUUUGAAGGCCUAACCUGGUGCUGUUUUGCAUGGGCUAACUUGCAAUGUACGCAAGGGGGAUGGAGUUGUCCGCAUGAAAAUUGAGCGACAAUUUAGCAUCGCUCAAGCAUCCUGACGUGGCCAAAGGUUCGAUUGUGCGGGGUUGGGGUGGAUUCGGGUGGCCCAUUCUCACCACUGCCUUUCCCCACGCGUUCCAACCUAGAGUGCCAGAUUAGCCCCCCCACCUCCCACACCAUAUAGUUUUCACGCGUGCAAAGUUACGUUUUGAUUUUGUUCACCUCCACAACGUCCUCCCUGUGGAAUUUGGAAAGGCUGCGUGUUCAAGAAUGCACUCUUAAAUGUCUCAUUGGAGGCGAUGUCCUGUACUGUGAUGUUUUGCAAAAGUGGGCGACAUCAUUGGAUUAAAGCAUAAAAUUAUUGAUCCGAA